UAAGUCAAAUCUUAGUUUCUUCCACCGAAACCCGAAAACCUAGCCUUUAGAUUAACCCAGGAGCUAUUCGCUUCGCCUGUCGCUCUUUGAAUCCCCAAUCGCUCACUCGAUUCAACCAUGUAUCGUGCCAUUUUCUCCCUCGCCUCCAAAGCCCGGGUCGCCAGAGGCUGCGGCAGACUGAUUGGAAGUAGACUUGGCAGGUGUAGAAACUAUGCUGCAAAGGACAUCAGAUUUGGAGUUGAGGCUCGUGCUUCGAUGCUUCAGGGUGUGGAAAAUCUUGAUGAUGCGGUGAAAGUGACCAUCGGCCCGAAGGCAUUUUGUUCGGAAUCAGUUAGGACGAACUGUUACCAGAAAGCCACCACAAGAACUACUUUGGCUGGCAUGAACUUCUACCAUGCUUUAUCAUGUGUGCCGGUAGCUACAAGGAGACAUUUUUCAACUAAUUCAGAGUUGCCUCCUCAUGAAACAAUUGGAAUGCCAUCACUUUCUCCAACCAUGACCGAGGGAAAUAUUGCAAGGUGGCUGAAGAAGGAAGGAGACAAAGUUUUGCCGGGAGAAGUGCUUUGUGAAGUGGAAACUGAUAAAGCUACGGUGGAGAUGGAGUGCAUGGAAGAAGGCUAUAUUGCUAAGAUAAUACAUGGGGAUGGGUCCAAAGAUCUAAAAGUUGGCGAGGCGAUUGCUAUAAUUGUGGAGGAAGAGGGUGAUAUCGAAAAAUUUAAAGAUUACAGUGUUUCAAAAUCUUCUGCUCCAACUGAAGUUAAGACACCCUCUGAACCUUCCCAAUCUAAAAAGGAGGAAGAAACCCCUGCCAAGGCUGCUGAACCAAAUGCUUCAAAGACUGAAGAAGUUUCUCAUUCAGAAGACCGGAUCUUCUCUAGUCCCCUUGCAAGAAAGUUGGCAGAAGAUAACAACGUGUCACUUUCAAGUUUGAAAGGUACUGGUCCUGAUGGCCGGAUUGUGAAGGCAGAUGUUGUUGAUUAUUUGGCAUCUAGGGAAAAAGAUGUCUCUGCUCAAUCCAAGGCAAAGGGUCCAGCCGCUGUUCAAGGAUUGGAUUAUGUGGACCUUCCAAAUUCCCAGAUAAGAAAAGUUACAGCUUCCCGCUUGCUGCUGUCUAAACAGACUAUUCCCCACUACUAUUUAACAGUAGACACCCGUGUUGACAAGCUUAUGGAGUUGCGGAGCAAACUUAAUGCUAUACAAGAGACUUCUGGUGGUAAAAGAAUAUCAAUCAAUGACCUUGUCAUAAAGGCAGCUGCUUUGGCUCUUCGCAAAGUUCCUCAGUGUAACAGUUCCUGGACGAAUGACUUCAUUCGACAGUACAACAAUGUUAAUAUCAAUGUUGCUGUCCAGACAGAUAAUGGGUUGUUUGUUCCAGUUAUUAGGGAUGCAGACAAGAAGGGACUGUCUAUAAUUGCAGAGGAAGUGAAGAAUUUGGCUCAGAAGGCCAAAGAGAACAGCUUGAAACCAGAAAAUUAUGAGGGAGGUACAUUUACGGUGUCAAAUCUUGGAGGUCCUUUUGGUGUCAAGCAGUUCUGUGCCAUCAUAAAUCCUCCUCAAUCAGCCAUUUUGGCUGUUGGAUCUGCUGAGAGGAGGGUGCUUCCUGGUGGUGCUCCUGACCAAUUUGAAUUUGGUUCCUUCAUGUCAGUCACAUUGAGUUGUGAUCACCGUGUGAUUGAUGGUGCGAUUGGCGCCCAGUGGUUGAAAGCUUUUAAAGGCUACAUUGAGAACCCACACUCCAUGUUACUGUGAAGCGAACGUUGCAUCUAACAUUUUUGUAGGGUUUAUCCAAUAAAGAUUGCACAUGCUCUCCAGUUCUUUUGUUAAUUAUAUCCCGAUUUAAAGGGUGUUGUGGCCAUUCUGGAGUGGUCAACUAAUAAUUUUCAUGUGCUUAAGCGUUUGUCACAGCAACUACAAUUCGGAAUGUCCCAACAAUUUGGGGUCCUUUGCAUGCAUGUUUUCAUGUUCUCUAAACCUGUUAACGACACGUGUCGUUGUCCUUGUGGACAAUUUGUUAUUUUUUUUGUUUCUAUUUCUUGUGGCUUAGAUAGAUAGUAUGCUUUGUUGUAUCCGCUUUAUUUUGAACACACUGUCUUUACCCAUAUCUCAAUGGGAUCAUCUUUGCUUAUGAACGUUCAUCUUUGCUUGUGAACGUUAAUGUGAAUCUCGUCUGUAUAUUGGAUUCUAGCAAUAAGGACAUUGUAUUUCAUGUACAAUGAUUUAAUGUUUUGAAGGAUACCUGGACCUUCUAUAUGCUUCUGAAAU